UAACGCCCCCAUUCUUCAAACUCGUUGAGAGUAAUAGAUAUCUUUCCUAAAGUAAGAAAAAUAAGUUGCGAAAAAGCUAGAUAUGGUUUAUUCAGAAGAAUGAAGUAGAGCUAUUUUUUAAACAGCGGAAAAGAUUGCGGCACGGAGAGAAUGGGUAUCAAAACACCUCCUGACAUCAGAUAAAUGAGCAGGUUCACAGUGUAUUGACCAUAUUUAUAGAUAUAUAAAUAUCUGCUGUUAGGAGGUUCGGUUGAAGAUUUAAUGGUGGGUAUCUAGAGGAAUGAGCCAUAAAGAUGGAGGAAGCAGAACUAAGCUGAUGUAUAAGAAACAUAGAAUAACAUAGAUUCUUAGGUAGAUAUUUAUCAGACUGAGGGUAUAGAUAGAGUUGAGCUGAUACUAAGGGCCAGGGUAGCAGUGUGACUAUGGACUGUGGGGAGAGCGUCCUCUGUGCGGCAGGAGAGGUGGACCUGGAUCCUGACAUCGUGAGUGAAGAAGCAGGGAAGGUCUACUCCGAGCUGCAGACGGUGAUCGAGACCCACGGGGCUGAUGUGGUGGAGUCGCUGGUGCCCGUUCUGGUAUGGGUGCUGGAGGGCCUGGCUACCUGCCGCGCCCGGCUCAGAGAGAUGGAGGCGGUGGCGGAGAGGGAGCAGGGCGAGAGAGAGGAGCUGUUGACCAGGUUUCAGAGCGAGAGGGCUCUGAAGAGGGAGAGCCAGGAGCGCUACUUGGAGCUGGAUGACCAGUUUGAGCAGGAGCGCCGGGCCAUGCGUGGAAGGGAGAAGGAGAGAGAGCGGAGGGAGAGGGAGCUGGAGAAGAAGGCCCGAGAGCAGGCAGACCAGUUGCUGGCUUUAGAGGAGCAGAGGACAAGCCUGGCUCGGGACUUGAACACGCUGAAAAACACACACCACAAGCUGUUGCACAGUUAUCGUGAUGUUGUUGAGAAGAAAAAAGACUCUGAGAGAGAAGGGUCCCUCUCCCCAUUAAGGAACCAUGUGUGUUUAAAGAGUUCUGAUGUCCCACCUGACCUGGGUAUCCAACUCGUACCCCCUGUUAUGCAGAAUUGCCCUGUACAGACUGAGCCAGUAGCAGAGACCAACAGUGACCUCGCCCCUUUGGAAACUCCAGUUGCCGAGGCUGACAAGGGGAAUGACAAGCUCAUGGAAUCUGAAGAGGAGGGGACUGAUCCUUCCUUUGUGGAUUCCAUCAUCAGCUCCACUCCAGAGCUGGGACAGCUGGACCACUUUGGGCUGGCCAGUACCCCCAAAACCGCACAGAACCUGAGCCAGCUCCUCAGUGCCGAGCCCAAGCCCAAGCCCCAAGGGGAGGAGGAGGUGGCCAAGGUGGACCGGGAGCAGCUGGAGGACCAGGAACCCGGGAAGGAGGCGGAGGCGGAGGCGGAGGCGGAGGAGGAGGAGGAGGAGGACCAGGACAGCCUGGAGUGGGAGCUGAGGAACACAGACUCGGUUUUCUCCGAGCUGUCGGAGCUGAGUCGGGAGUUUGUGGAGAGUGUGGACAGAGGGGCCAGUGUGAGAGGGAGUUCCGACCAGUUUGAAGAGAUUAUUUUACAGUAUGAGGAACUGAAACGCACCCAUGAACUGGUCGAGGCAGCCAGAAAGGCACUCAUCUCGCGUGUCGAAGAACUGACCAAUGAGAGGUCUGCCCUCAGCCUAGAGGUGGAGACUUGCCAGGAAACUGUCACUCGACUGGAAGGGAGGAUGAGGGAGAUGGAAGAGGAGACAAAGCGGCUGAGGAAAGAGCUUGAGGAGAGUCAGAGUGAAGACGAGUCCUCCCUGCCCCUCUCUCUGCGGCGCUUCUCUCGCUCAGAGAUGGCGCGGGUGGUGAUGGAGAAGAACCAGUACAAGGAGCGUCUCAUCGAGCUGCAGGAGGCUGUGCGGAGGUCCCAGACCAUCAGAGCCACCAAGGAGGUGAGGAGUGCAGAAGACAGGAAGAGCACUGUGUGGAGGAGGUUCAACCGCUUGUUUGGCCUCACCAAAGAUCCAUUCGCCCCACGCCCAGAAGAAGCACAAGCCCUUCCCCCAGGUUCAACCCAACCGCUCCUGCUGCCACUGUCUCCACGACAACUGGUUGUCAAUCAGACUCCAGCAGAAGGUUCUCCUCCUGCCGUGCUCUCUCCGCGGGUGAGGAGGAAGGAGCUCUACAGGGACAUCCGCUCCCAUGUGUGGAGCAGUCUGGGAAAGAGGCAGCUGCACGGCUGGAGCAUGCCUCCCCCCCACGCAGCACAGGAUUACACGGGUCCCCCGGCUGAACCAAAAGAUGUCCCGGUUCUGGUCCAGCUGAGACUCUUGGACCAGAAGGAUGCCACAGCCAAGUUGUCCUGUGCUACAGCAGUCACACCCGAGAUAUCGGGUGAGCAGACGUGUGCAGUCUGGGUGGUCUCUGGCCCCGCCUCCAGCAGUGAUGUCACGGUGAUUGACCCAGCACGCUCCAACACUGUCCUGGAUCAGUUCAGCCUCCCGCCCACUUCACCAGCACUCUGUCUCUGCGCCGUGCCCCCUACUGGGGACUCGGCCGGAACGGUGUGGAUUGGCACUCAGGAUGGAAGUGUUUUAGUCCACUCUGCCUCCACAGCCAGGCGGCGCUGUUUACAGUCUGUCUCUCUUUCUGAGGGAGUGCACUCUCUCACGUAUACUCAGGGUCAGGUGAUCGCUGGAUUAGCCAACGGAACACUGGCAUUUUUCAAAGAGAAUCCAGGCGGCUGGGACCUCCUCCAUCGCGAGCUGCUCCCCCUGGGCUCCACCCCCUUGCAGCCCAUUCGCUGCUGCCUGGCCAAGGGGCCGGCGCUGUGGGUGGGCUACUGGAACAGGGUUCACGUGAUCGACGUCCAGAGCCGGAAAGUGCAGCACUCGUUUUCUGUAUCUGAGCGCAGCGAGCAGCAAGUGCGCUUCCUGUGUGCUGCAGGAAGUGGUGUUUGGACUUCCUGCCGAUUGGACCCCUCCCUCCGCCUCUUUGAUUGGGCGACCGGCCGGCCUCUACAGGAAGUCGAUUUGACACCAACGGUCACCAACACCCUGGGCCCAGCCUUCCUGUCCCUCUCCCCCCUACAGAUCUCCUCGCUCGCCCUCAUCUGUGGGCGGCUGUGGGUGGGGACCGGAAGUGGUGCGGUAUUCUCCAUCCCUGUGCGUCUGGGCUCAGAAUCCUCCAUCCCAUACUGUUCUCUGCCUGGGGCCCAGCUGUGUUACCAUGGACACCGUCAGGCUGUCAAAUUUAUAAUUUCAGCUCCAGGUUGUUUAAACCCCUCUACAGCUUCUGGGGCUGCCGGCUCUACCUCUCAGCUUAUUCUCAGUGGAGGAGAGGGGUAUAUCAAUUUCCGCAUUGGAGAUGACGGGAGUGACAGCAGCCCUGAGGCCUUCCCCCAGCGGUCUGAACGCAGUCACAUGAUCAUCUGGCAGAGCUCCACCCCUUCUCUACCAAGCCCUGCCCUCUGAUUCAUCUUGACCUUUGUUGUCGUUUGCUCUCCCUCAUUUCUUGAGAAAUCUUGGAAAUUCAACUUGUGUGCCUUUAGUAAGGUUUGCCUUGUAUUGCAUUUAGCUUCUCUCUGACUUCAUCCUUCGCUUCGACUAACUUCAUCACGGUCACAUAACCAACUGUGGAACCGUCUUCAUAUUCAUGCAGCCGUUUCAGUGGUCAACUGAAAAACGGUCUUUCUGUCUCCUUACUCAUUGCUAUGAGUUUUGCAUCAUCAUUCCAUGAGAGUGACAUUAACACGUGCAACAGCCCUCGAUCAAAGGAGAUUACUCAUGCAUUUUCAGACCAAAGUGCACAGUAGGUUUGGUUUACUAACUUUUACUGUAAUUGACAACAGAAUGUCAUUCUGAUCCUUUCUUCGACUCCCCAGACAAUGAUGCAUAGCACUUUAUAAUUAUCAACGUGGAUGUGCAUGUCUCCCUCUUCCCAUGUCAGUGUUUGUACUCUGGAAGGUCCAGAAAGACCAGUUUUCCAUGCAAAGCUUUGUAUCGUUAAUGUCAAUUUCUCUCUAUAUAUUGACUGUAUAACACUGUGUGUAGUUUUUAUUAUUUUAUUUUGUUUUAUUUUGGAUUUUAAGUUUCUUUAGUUUGCAGAGGAGGAUGGAGAGAACAAGUACCUUUAUGCAGUAUUUGAAAAUGUGUGCCUGUGUUAAUGUUCUAAAUUGUAACUGGAAAUGUCUACAUUUUUCCCCUGCUUGCUUGAAAUGUUAGACCCUGAUGAAAAUGAAAUUAACUUUUGUAAAUACAAUAUUUUCAUUAAAAAUGACUACAUUCUAUAUUUUUAAUUCUGUGUAGCUGCCUAAAUAUUUGACUUUAUUAUUUUUUUUAAACCAAAAUGAAUACAGAGCUAUAUGUACCGUAAGGGGGUAAAGACAUUUUGGUUUCAGUUAUUUAUUUAUACAAAUAAAACACCCAAAGUUUGAAAUACAUUUCACACAAUCAAAAAUGUGAUGUCUUAUGUAAUAAAAAGUAUAAAAACUUUAUGGUGAAGGAACCAUUUGAUUAAUCAGAAGGAAAGGCGCUAUUCUAACAGAACAGAAUACCCAAAGCUACCAUUGAUAAUCCGGUGUACAUUCACACUUUCAGCACAGCUAUAUAUACCAAGGUGUAUUCACUUGAGCCUCUUUGAACAUGCUCAAUGGGGUAAUUUGCAAUACUGUUGAUUGAAGGUCCCCUGCUCAAACCUAAAAAAAUAUUUCCUGUGUGCCAGUCUGGCUUGCAGUGGUAACUCAGUCAUUUCAUCUUGUUUAUAACCAUCUAAAAGAAAGAAGAGAAUUGAUAAGGAGUCAACACAAUGGUUUUAAAAUAUUUUUACAAAUGGAAAGAGGUGGCAGUUGUGCAAUACUAUUACAGUUAUGAUCUGUUCGUACUAUAUUUUGACUGAUAAUAAAACAUUGUAUUCUUUGACA